UGCAAACACAACUCUGUAGAGGUGACUGACUGCCACAUUCCUGUUAGAGAGAAGGAACAGCCACAUGGUGCUGUGAGCAGGGAGCAAGCAAUACUGCAAAAUCCAGUACAAAUAAGAGUUACAAUCGGCAAACACACAUUCCGGUUAAAGCUUUUUAACACAUUACAGGAAUUAAUGUUAAUAAGAUGGCAAGUGGGAUGACUGAUCCUCAACCUGUAUUGCGCCAUACGCAUGCUAACCAUAUUUUAUCUAAACAAAAGAUGGAGCAGAUGAAGAAUCCUGUGUCUAGUACUUUUAAAAGUCAAGAUAUUGCGGCUUUGUCCGGAAAACUGGAAAAUCUUGCCCAGAACACACCCCUGCAUUUCAGUGAUGAAGCAAUGAGAUCCGACCCUAAAAGCAACACUCGAUUUGGCAAUAUCAACCAGCAACCAUUCUUUUCAAGACAUAACCCUCACCCUCAUGUAGUCACCCAUAUUCAAGGACUUAAUGGAAUUCCUAUAUGUAUUGUCAAUGAUGAGUGGUCUGCUACAUCUCAACUCUAUCCUCAUCCCAUGAUAAGGAGCAAGUUUCCUACCAAUAUGCUGGGUGUUCCAUGUAUGCCUAUAGGAGAUCCACGUGGUAACAUAGUCCCCUUUCUUGGAACAGGAUCAUCUGUAUCUGAAGCAUGGCGUGAAGAACUGAGAGAACUUGCUGCAAAAGUUUGCACUUCUGAUAAACAACCGCAAACAAAAGAGGAGGAGCCUCGGAGAUCCACGCAGUAUUCUGCACAAACUGGGCGCAUCAUUCCUGCAUCCUCAAGAGCCAUGACCCGGCAGCAAUCUCGGAAAGGAAGUAGAAAUGGCCACAGCAAGAAGGCAAAUGCAAGCACUCUCUUUCAAGACCAGGAACUUCUAAUACUGGAGCUGCUUUGCCAGAUUCUGCAAACUGAUUCUCUGUCAUCUGUCCAACAGUGGCUUCUGACAGCUGACCCCAGGGAGAAAGACCUCAUAAUGAGCAUGAUAAAGACAGCGACUUCCAAUAUGCAAUUUGAGUCCCAGACAAUGGAGAGGUCCAGUUACCAGAAUGGCUUAGGACUGCUGUCAAGGGAUGAACAUCUGCAAAGGGAAUUUCGAAACAGUAGAUCUCUCCAAAAACAAAAGCCGGAGCCAAUUCCUGAAGAGGACAAACCAGAGCACAUCGGUACGGCAGAGGUUCUUCAGAUACAUGUACCAGACAGCGAAAACCAGCCUGGCUCUGCAGAAUUACAGAUGACAGGACUUUCCAUGGAAUAAACUGCAUUCUUCUUUAGUAUAAAUUUAGGCACACAUAUCCUCCUUCUCACACCUUGUAAUUUAUGACAAGUACAUUGCUCAGAUGCAUGCAACUAUACUAAUCUUGAUUGUCUGAUCAUGAUGGCUUAUUCAUAUUCUUAUAUCUCGUCUAUCAUAUCAGUAUCAUAUUCUGGAAAACAAUAUUUGCUGAUAUAAACAAUUUUCUUAAACAAGAUAGAUCUGAUCUAUUUCUGCUGGUGCACUCCUUUUUUUUUAUAUAGUACUAGUAAAGAGAUCCGGCAUAAGCUGGGUCACCUCUGCCCCCCACUCCCCAACUCUAUAGUUAGGGGUUCAGAGAUAUACUUUAGUUUCUCAUCCAGCAAGAUCAUUUCUGACCACAGAAGACAUCAGGCAACCUGCUGGAUUGGGUGGUACCACUGUAAAACAUAUUCUGCUAUAGUGCAUAACAUAUGGAACUGUGUACUAUAGUGACUGGUCACUUUUGGCCUGAGUUCCAAAAUCUUACUUACCUGGCAUUCAAGUUAGUUACGCUGACUCUCAUGCAUUUCAAGUUCCCUCUCUCUAUAUUUUUAUAAACACUGAACAAUUUUCUGAAAUACUGUAAGUGUGCUUUUGUAACUAUCGGAGUGACAGCAUCAGCAGUUUUGUAUGUAUAUAAUUACUGCAUUUCCUACAGGCGAUAAUUACAUGGUAUGAGGCUUCUCUGGCAUGCUUCCAUUAAAUAAAUGUAAAUAAUACUGA